CUUUAUAGCAACACGAGAGGAACUUCAGAGGAACAUGACAAAGAAAACGCGCGUCACGUUAAAUAAGACGGCGCAGGCAAACAAAGACAACAUGUUUCACCCACUCCCGUUCUGUUCUGCACUACCGUUUUAAGUGAAUCCCUCUCCCCGUUGCAAGAGGAGGGGGGGCGGGCAGUAGGACGGAGCAGCCAGCCAGCGUCAGGCUGAAUAAUUGAUCUCUCUCUCUCUCGGUCAGGAGGACGUUAGCGGGACGUUUCUCCCUCCAUCCCUCCAUGUGAUUCAGGCGCUCCUUCCCCACCACGGUGUACACGAUCUGGCAACACAGGACUUCUACUUUUCCGUCACUACUGAAUGUAACAUCGCUUGGAUAAGGAAGGCAGGGAAUUAAAAGCCAUCAUCAUGAAUUUCGUUAUGAAACAAGCGCUGGGAGGGGCCACCAAAGACAUGGGGAAGAUGCUUGGUGGGGAGGAGGAGAAGGAUCCCGAUGCUGCGAAAAAAGAAGAGGAAAGGCAAGAGGCGCUAAGGCAACAGGAGGAGGAGAGAAAGGCCAAAUAUGCAAAAAUGGAGGCAGAGAGAGAAAACAUCCGACAGGGCAUCAGAGAUAAGUAUGGCAUCAAAAAGAAGGAGGAGAAGGAAGCCGAGGCAGCGGCUGCGAUGGAGCAGGCCUCCGAGGGCAGCCUGACCCGUCCGAAGAAGGCGGUUCCCACCGGCUGUGGCGACGAGGAGGAAGAGGAGAGCAUCGUGGAUACGGUCAUGAAGUUCAUCCCGACUCCGCUCAUGGAUAUGUUCAAUAAAAAGUAACAGUGCUUUGGGUGAAAUGUGAUUAUCAUCAAAGCAAGACUAAUGUCAUACCUUUCUUCACCCGCGCCCUCCCACCCCUUCAACCCGACUUCUAAGUGUCCUGGAGUUGAAGAACAUGUCAUGAAUUUGCCUUUCAUUUAAAAUAUCUGAUCUCUGAUGGAGAUACAUACUUUAAUCUCUCAUACAGAGCAUCUCUCUUGAUAACCUGUGAUUAUAAUCCUAUUUUAAAAGUAUGUAUCACCUUCACAGAUCUUUACAUUAAGGCAAAUCUCAUACCAUGUUUUGAAAAUGUCAGCAGUUAGAAUGAGACCAGAUAUCACCCAUCAUCCGCCCUUUUUGUUUGUAAAUAGCCUCGGGUUAUAAAAAAAUAAAAAAGAGAACUAUAUAAGAGUGAAAUGUGACAUAUAACAAGAUGAAUAAGAGUAUAAGCCAUAUUUUUAACGUUUGAGAAAUUAUCCAAAUCAUAUCAAAAUUUAAUUGAAUUUUCCUUUUCUGUUCUUGCUAAUAUUUGAUACAUACAGUGUAUAUAAAAAGACUUGCAUUUUUAUUAGUUCUCCACUGUGAGGUUCCACCCCAUAAACUGUCCCUCAUGCUCUCAUUGGUUUAUUGUGACUGUGUGAUGAUGUGAGCAUUGGUGGAGUCACCUGUAAAACCAGGAAGUGAGGCAAUUCAUUUGAAAAUUAGAGGGGUUUUUUUUUUUUUUUUUUUGGUUCUGUUUUCGUUUCUUUUUUUAAGCAUGCGGUGAACUUUUGUGAAGUGACGUACACAUAUGGAUACCACUUCAUUUGUUAUGAUGACGCGAAAUACAUUGAUAUUUGAGGCAAUAACUGGUUUUCCUUUUUUUUUUUUUUUCAUUUGAUUGACAUUUCUUCCACCGUGUACUGUAAGCGAUAAUUGACUUUGUGUCGGAAAUCAUCCUCCAUGGGGAAAACUAUAAACGUUCUCCAUACAUGAAAUUUGUCUCAAAGCAACUAGACAACAUUCUUACUAUAAAUUCACCUGCUAUACAUGUGUGUGGUUUGAACGUUCAGUUUUAAUGUCCUGUGGCAGGUGUCGCUCGCUCUGCUUUUGCAGUAGGACGUGUACGUUUUAAACCAGGCAUUGAUUUCCUUUCGACAUUGCCAUCAACUUUUUGUAAAAAGAUAGGAAGAGAACUUCACAAACACAACAAUGUUGUGACCACACUCUUAUGUGAACAGACAGUGACAUUAGUGCAAUAUAUUGUUCCAAAUGAAGUUGUCCUGUGUCCGUUGGUUUAACUGAUGGGAAUGAUAGUCCCAAAUCAGCAAUAACAGACAAUCUUCAUUGUUGCGUGUUUAGACUUAAGUCCUUAAUGUGUUAGUCAAUGUUAAAGGCACACCCGUGUCUGCAUAGUGACAGUGAAGCCUUUGUAGGUCAUGCAUAUUUGAUUAAAAGGGGAAAGUGGGAAGGUGGGAUGAUUUGUUCUAUGUCGUAAAACAAAUGUUCAGUCAUGUGUUUCAGAACAAAGAGCACGACCAGGUUUCGUGUUCGCACUCGCAAACUGCAGGUUCUCAAAGGCAGGCAUCACCAAAAACAUACCUAGAAAUGCGAUGAAAUGACGUUAAAGGGAAAAUGUUUACCUGCUGGAGUCCAGUCCUCCCUGCUGGUAAUUUAAUGGCACAAAUUUAAAGGGAUAAAAUCAAAUGUUUCUCCAUAUGCCUUGUUUCUUUCAAUCUCUCCCUCAUUCCACAGUGUCUUGUUAGAACAUUCCAGAUAUUCCAGACAUUCCACCAGACUCGCGCUGGUAACACUCCUAGAUAUUUACAGUCGAUGCCUUCGUUAGCCUACAAGUACAUCACGAUGAAUAACUUAAAUUCGAUGUUGUUAUAACCCAGAUCUAGACUUUAGAAUGAAUCUAAUACGACCAAGUAAAGAGUUACUUUAGCUGCCAUGUACAGAAAAAAAACAAUCCCCUAGGGGAAGCAUCAGUGUGCUGUUAGCAGAGAUCAGUUCAAUCUUGUGAUACAGUUUUGUUAGGAAAUGUUUUUGUGAUUCACUUGCGCACAGUAGCUCACAGUUUUCUAAACCUGCUUUUCUGUCACAUUGCCACUGUUUUUAUUAAGCUAGCUAAACAUGAGACAAAACUAAAGCUGAACGUGUGCUUUCCUGUGGCAUAGACAAGAGGAAAUGUACCUUUUAUCAGCGCUUUGUGAGCUCUGUAAUCAUGUUGAGUGUAUGUAAAAAACAAAAUACAAAAAAAAACAUCCAAGGGCACAGUGUGGUUAGAGCAUAUUUAUUGAACUUUCUGUGAUUUUAUUGUACUGGUUAACUGCCUUUGCUAGCAUCCAUUCAAACAGUGUGUUAGCAUUUAGUUAGCAACUGAUGUUUACAGUUACGGAACCAUGCAUCAACACUCAAAUCCAUCGUCAGAGCAGUCCAAUCAAACCAAAGAAUAGUGCUGGUAUUAGUAGACCUAGACAAGAGGAUUCAUUCCUUUAAUUUACUGCAUUUCUUAUUUAUUUUGAAAUUCUCAGGUAUUCUUCUUUUCAGUUUUAUAGAGCCAUUACUAGCCUUCUCUUAGCAUAACUAAAAAUUUGAUGAUUUCAUUGCCAGGGGCCUCAAGGAAGUGGACACCAACUUUUAUUUAUCAGCAACAUAUCUCUUGUUUGGCCCAAGAUUAUUCCAGAAAGCUAUGAUUACUGCCCAGUCAACCCAUGUGUGAGACUUUUCAAGCAAAACCACCCUCAGUGGUGCGCAGUUCUUCAAGGCUCCGAGCGAGUCAAACUGGUGCGCUCUGAAACCAGAUCACCCUCUGCAUCUCAUCCACCAUGAACAUUCAUCAUCUUGUAAAUGCCAAUUGAUUGCGCUCUAAAUGGCUUAUAGACCACUGCCCAAACAAACUGCCCAAGUCAUGCGUAAUCAAUAUCUAGUCGUCCAGUAGACUCAGAUUCAGUGUUCAGUUGGGAGUCGCUCAUUUGUGCCGCUCAUACAGCCAUAAAUAUGAUUAAGAAACUGCCUGAAGAAUAGUCCACUUUACAAAUAAAUACUCCUUUGAUGUGACUUGAAUGUAACUGUCUGAUGUUUCUCUCUCCCUGCAUCUGUCUUUGUUCCGUACGUGUUGAGAAGAUGCUUACUCUCGUGCAGUAUUUUUCUUUUUUGUUUCUCGUCUGUAACCGGUCCUGUUUCUCUUGUCCUCUGGUGGUUGGUAUUUUUGAAAAAGAAGAAAAAAAAGAAGAAAAAAAAAAAAGACAUGUUCAUUUGGUGCAUUUGUUUUGUUUUUUUGUUUUUUUUUGUACUGCGUAAUCUUCUCACCCUUCUCCCUCCUUCUCUCUCUCUCUCUCUCCCUCUCUUUCCCUAUUUGUUGACAAAAUGUAUGCAUGCUUAUGGUGUGCGAUGUAGGCAAGGUUGUUGAUAAAAAUCGUUUUUGUGUCUCCUGUGUGUUUCAAAGCUCCACCUGUUAGCCUCACUGCAUGCCAUUUUAGACAGAUAUUUCAGUCUGUAACUUUCCUGCAAAAAUGGAAUCACCGCACACUCUGAGAAUAAAGUGAUUUCAUAUAA